AUGCCCUUAGCCGGGCCUUGCAAGUGGAGCUUCAAGCCAGGAUCCUCCGCGGUCGCCGGGGGAGCUUCGAUCCUAUGGAAGCUAGGGCGGGCCGGCCAACACGGCGGAGCAUCAGAAACAUGGCUGUACGGACGGAGACUUGAGUCUUGGACUGCAUGCAGUAGCUGCAGCAGCUUGACGCAGCCCGGCCAUCUGCCCGCAAUGCAAAGUGCAGCUCUGCAUCCGAGGUAUCCAUCUUCAUCGACUAUCCAUCCAAAUGAACUGCAUAGUCUCUGCAUCUGGGCUCGCAUACGCGCAUCAACUAUGCAGCACAGCUGCAGCCCGCAUGGCGCCGGUCUUGCUCGUCCCAGUUGCUUCUGUUGCCCCGUCGAACAAAUUCAUGAGACGCAGAAGGGUACAAACCGACCCUGUCAUUGCAAACAAACAUCGGCCGCUUCUGCGGCCAUGUCGCAACUUGGAUACCUUCAUUCGACCUUCAUCUUCCCAGCCGCCGGCUUCGGAUCGACCUGA